GAUAGUAGAAGGUCGGAAGUACAGUGCUUUGGGUGAAAGAUUUUUUCUCUGGAUACAAAAUGGAUGAUCUAGGAACUUUAGUGUCUUCCGGUCAGAAAGUUGCUGUGACAUGGGAUGGCAGUUCCUCCAAAGAUGCUCUCAAGGAAUUUGUAUCAAAGUUGCAGGAGGCAGUGGCACCACAAGGCACAGUUUCUGUUGAGAACAUAGAACGACUUCUACUGUCUGCCCAUGCUGAUUCUAGCUUUGAUGCUGUUCUGCUUGGUGUGGUCCAAGGAACUCAGAGUGUACACAGCUCUGAAAUACUCGCAGAGGUUGCUCGAAUCUUGAAGCCUGGUGGGGCAGUGAUCAUACAAGAGCUGGUGGCAGCAGGAGUAGAUAAAGGAUCUCCGCUUAGGACUCCAGAACGCCUCUCCUCUUUGCUUAAACUAUCUGGACUUACUGAAGCCACACAGCUGUUGCAAGAACCCCUAAGCCCUGAACAGAAGCAAACCGUUGUUGAACUAUUAGGGUACAAAGGAAAUGAUGUGAGCACUAUCCGAAUGAAAGCAAAGAAACCAAACUAUGAGUUGGGAUCUUCUCGGCAGCUAUCGCUUCCUAAAAGCAAAAUAACGGAAAAAUCAUCUGUGGAUCAAGCUACUGUGAAACUCUGGACUCUGUCAGCUAAUGACAUGAAUGAUGAGAAUGUGGAUUUAUUGGACUCAGAUGAACUUUUAGACCAAGAGGACCUUAAGAAACCUGUCCCAUCUUCUCUGCGCGCGAGCGGAUGUGGGGAAGGAAGCGAAAAGAAGCGGAAAGCCUGCAAGAACUGCACUUGUGGAUUAGCAGAAGAGCUAGAAGCAGAAAAAACUCCGAGCACUGUCCCAAAAGCUGCACCGUCAGCAUGUGGUAAUUGUUACCUAGGCGAUGCUUUCCGUUGUGCUAGUUGUCCAUAUCUUGGGAUGCCAGCUUUUAAACCAGGAGAGAAGGUGUUAUUGAAUCCUACACAGCUACAGGAUGCCUAGUUCAGAACUGUCUUUCUUGGAACUUUUUUCUUUGUACAUUUUAUGUAGAAUACAAAAAGUUUGUGAAAAUUCUUUAAGGCAGUUAAAAAAAUUACUUAUUUUAAAGCAUUGCCCUUUCUUUGAAGAUAAUAGGAUUGGACUUGCUGUUAUAAAAGUUGAAUGUUCUCGACACAUUUACUGUGCUGCUUAGAGUAUAAUAUUGGUAUUUGUAGCAGGGCUUUAUUAAGUGUGCCUUGGAUGGUGCUCUUAUGUUGAAGUCCUUGGGCCUGAGCUCCUUUCCAUACUAAUCUCUGAGAUGAUUUCUACCAACACAUAUUUGUGUGAUUUAUAGAAAGGUUAACGGGUUAUGUGAAAAAUUAAGAGAACACUUCUAGCAAAUGCAAGUUGCUGGGUUGCACUUUUUGUAGGUGUAUUGCAUUUCAAUUAAAACUUGGGCUGGAUAAUGUAGAGGCGUCCCUGUUUUGUUUUGGGUUUUUUUUACAUGAUCUGGUAACCUUAAUUUACCAUACACAUAUGUAAUUCCUAGCAUGGACUGGGAAAAAAUGUAUUUAUAUGUAAUUCAGUUUAAAAUCUGUUGUUCUUUGCUUCAUGAUGUAGACUGGAACAUGAUCUGUAGGUUGUGCAGGCAUUUGCUUCUUUCCUUGACCCUAAACCUACAUUCUAUGUUGGCACUUAUAUGUAAAAAGAUAUGCCCUGCGUUUUGAUAAAUAGUUUAUUAUUAUAACUGAAAUCUCAUUCAUUAUAAUUUUUUUUUUUUUUUUUUUGUUUAACCAAGGUUUUAUUGAGGGACAGAGAACAGACAAGAUUUCCAAACAGGUUAUAAAAAAGCAAAUCAUAAUUCAUAUAUAUAUAUAUAUAUAUAUAUAUAUAUAUAUAUAUAUAUAUAUAUAUAUAUAUAUAUAAAAUAGAAUAAAUAACCCUUAUAAUUCCCAUGAUGUUGUUACAUAACAUGUACAUCUGUUCUUCUAUGUUUUUUCAUUUUAUUAAUGCUAACUUAACAAAAUAAAGAUACUUAAACAUAAA